UUCUCACUCUCUCUCUUUUCUCUCUGUGUUUUUAAUAGCGUAAUUUUUUUUUAUGAUUGUGUUACUAUGCACAUAUAGAACAUGUAUGUUUGUAUGAUAAUUUUAAAAUAGUAAAAGGGGAAUUGCAUUGCGAAGAAGAGAGAGAGCGAGAGAGAAUAAACUUCAUGGGAGAGGGGACGUUUUUUAUACGGAUCGAUUGAAAUCAGCUGUGCUGCCAAUUAGCUAUAGUAAAUGCUAUUUUUAUCCUGUUAUUGAGGUAAUUUUUUAAUAGCAAUUUAUUGAUAUUUUAAUAAUUAAUCAAUGAAAAAAUAAGAGUGGGGGAAUAUAGUUGAUUUACAGAAACUAUAGUAAAAUAUAUUUUUAAAGAAAAAAAAAAAUUAAAGAAAGAUAGAGAUAAUAAUAUGACAAAGAAAGCAAAUGACACAUGUUUAUUAUUUUGACAUAAUGUCAAAAUAUUUAAACCCUUUAAAAUGAAUUGAAAUUUCAUAAUUAUUUAAUUGUUUAAAUAAUAAUAAAAAAAAAAUAUGGAGGAUAAAAAAUCAAAUACAAUAAUUGAUGAAUUAUCUGAUCAUGUUCGUAAACAUUCAAAAACAGAUAUAUUAAAUUGUUUAAAUAAAAUAAAAAAUGAUAAAAAAUUAAUUGAUAAUUUAAUUAAAAAUUCAAAUAAAUUAGAUAUAUUAAUAAAAUUAUUAAGUUUUCAAAAUAUUAAAAUACUUGAUAUAACAUUGAGUAUAUUAGCAACAUUAUUUUUAAAAUCAUCAGUACGUGAAAAUAUUGAUGAGACUAAAAUAGCUAAAAAUGUUGUAUGGAUUAUUAAAAAUUUAACAUCAGGAAUGACAUUACAUUGUCGUGCAUGUAGAUUAAUUGGUAAUAUUGCUGAAUCAAAAAGACAUGCUAAAGCAUUAUAUAAAGAAAAUGUAAUUGAUGCAUUAAAUGAAGAUAUAUUAAAUAUCAUCAGAAUUUCAUUUCAAAUAUUAUAUCGUUUAUUACAAAUUGCUGAAUUUCGUCCAAUUAUUGGUGGUACAAAUGCCAUUGAAUGUUUAAUAAAUAUUCUGAAAAAAGAAAAUAAUAAUGAAUCAUUAUUAUCAUCAAUACAUUAUGAAGUAAUAUCAAGUAUUUGUUUAUUAUCACGUGAAGCUGUUAAUCGUUUAAAAAUACGUGAUUUUGAUGGAUUACGUGUUAUGUUAAAAUUACUUGAAGAGCCAGAUGUUGAUAAUAAAUAUCAUGCAAUAAUAUUACAUGCAUUUACACAAUAUUUAUAUGAUGCUGAAAGUGUAUCAGUUAUGAUUAAACAUGGUAUUGUUAAUGUACUAGCAAAUAGAUUAAAAAUAAUGGCACUUGAUGUACAAUUAUAUGAUAAUAAUUAUAUUAAUGAUGAUGAUGAUAAUAAUACUACUAAAAAACGUACAGCUGAUGAAAUGACAAUGACAACAACAACAACAACUGAUCAUAAUUUAUCACCAUCAUCAUCAUCAUCAUCAUCUGGUGAAAUAAUAAAAUUUAAUAAAAUAAAUAAAGGUAGAUUUAGUUUUGAUUAUUGUUCAAAUCAAUGGAGUCCAAGUAGUGAAAAUAGUUCAUCACCAUCAUGGCCAUCAAAUGAUAAUGAUAAUGAUAUUUGUUUUAAUGAAGAUGAUAAUUAUAGUCCAGUAUGUAGUGAUAAUGAAGAAACUAAAAGUAUAACAACACAAGAUGAAGAAGUUGAUUCGUUAAAUAAUUAUAUUACAAAUAAAUUUGAAAAUGAAUCAAAUCAAAUUGAAUAUGUUGCAAAUGCAUCACAUAAAUGGACACUUAUAUUAUUUCGUAGUUUAACAUAUUGGAGUGAUCCAAUUGAGGGACUUGCUGAUCCAACAACUAUACAAGCAUUAACUGCAUAUAUUAGUUCAACUAAAAAUCUUACAGCACCAGCAAUGCUCAACAGAAUAAUUCAAAAUCAUGUUUAUUUUUUGCCAUUGUUACUACAAGGUUUUGUAUUUGAUGCACAAAAUCUUGAUCAUUCACAAGAAUAUCUUCGUAUAUUUUGUAAUACUGCUGAAUCAGGUGGUGCAUUUGGUGAGCUAGCAACAAAAUUAUUACGUGGUACUGAUAUACAUAAAAAUAUGGUAGCUGUAUCAGUACCAUUUGUUCUUAAAUCAAAAGAUAAAUUACGUACUUUAUUAAAUACAUACGGUGGUCUUGAUCUUAUAUUUAAAUUAUUAUCAAAUAAACAACAUGAAUUAAAUAAAAAUUCUGUAUUAUCAAUAUGUCGUCUUGCUGAAACACUUGAAAUAACAGCAUCAGUUGGUGAUAAUAAUAGCUCAUCAACAGAUAAUACAAAUGGCAUUAUUAAUAUUAAUAAUUAUAAUAAAUUAUCAAAUGAUAUUGUUACAUUUGAACUUGAUAAUGGUGAUACAUUUGAUGCAUCUAGACAAUUACUUUGUAAUAAAUCAGAAUAUUUUACUGCCAUGUUGGAGGGUAAUUUUUUUGAAGGUGGACAAAAAAAAGUUAAAUUACAAAAUGUUACAAGAGGUGGUCUUGCUGCUUUAUGUUUAGCAAUGAGUGGUGAAUUAUUUUAUAAAAAUAAUUCAAUUAAAUAUGAUAAUAAUGAUAAUGAUGAAGAUAAUGAUGAUAAAUUGGCUAUUGAAUCAUUAUUGGAUGCUGUACUACUUGCUGAUAAAUAUUUAAUGCUUGAUGAAUCAGAAAAAUUAACUGAAAAAUCAAUAUCAAUAUUAACACGUGGUAAUUUAAUACGUGCUUGGAAUUGGUCGAGAAUUAAUAACUGCCAUGAACUCAAGGUAUGCUGUGUUAAAAAUUUUUUGGUUUGUGAAUUAUCAAGAGAAGAUAGACUACGUGUUUUUAAUGAUUUUUUAAAUGAUUGUAAUUUUCAAGAAUUUUUAAAUGACAUUAAACUUAUUAUAACUGAACAACUUUUGAUAAGAUAAUCGUCAAAUCAUUCAAUCAAUAAUGUAUUAUUAUUUUAUUAAAAAAAAGAAAGAAAAAGGAAAAAAAAAAUAAUCAUUUUCAUAAUAAAA